UAGAACAUGUAGGAAAAAUAGGUGGAAAUUUUGAUAAACCCUUUGAUUGCAAUUUAGGGUUUUUGUUUUCCCUGCAGUGAUCAGCAGAGGGGGAAGACGGAGAAAUAACCACCACCAGCUCCAUGAUUAGAAUCGGAGAUAAGCUCUGCAGAGCCAGAAGGCUUGGCUCUGCAUUCGCUCUUCUCCGGCCACCAGCAGUAGCGGCGCCACCGCCGCGUAGAGUUUUCUCGGAUAAAACCGACCUAGACAGAUCUUUCAAGGUUAACCCUGUUGCUCUUGAGAUGACAAAUUACGCUCUCUCUCUCGCCCGUUCUAAAAAAUCAGAUGAUGCGUAUGCUCAAGCUCAGUUGGUGUUGGAGCAGUGCUACUCUACUAACUCCGAUGAGAAUGCUAGAGGGAUGGUUUUACUCGCGAUGUCUACAUUAUUAUAUAAUAGUGGGAAUUAUGAAGAAGCAAUUGAGAAACUUCAGAAAAUUCAACAAUUAAGCUCGUCUUCAACAAUUGUUAGAGUUGCUGCCUCGGAGGCACUUGUUGGACUUCAUUUAGAACUGGGUCAAGAUGAUGCUUCGUCAGUAAUUGUGAAUGUAUGCUUGCGACUCUUGGAAACCAUUAGGCUAGAGCUUGGCAGUGCAGGAUUUGAGGCUUUGGAAGAUCAUUCAAGGGCAUUAAAAGGUCUUGUUGAAUUGGUCCGGGGUGAUACUAAAUCAGCGGCAUCUUUCUUUCCAGAAGUUCGGGAUGGUGACUGUUCCUCUAAUGUAUUGGAUCAAUUUAUUGGCAAUGCUGCACUAUCUUAUGGCGAAUUCCUUCACCGUAUGGGGGAUUUUGAAAUGGCGAAGCAAUUGUACACAAGAGUGAUUCAUGAGGAAUCUUUGGGCAAAAGUUCUAGUUAUCUACAUCAGUUAUCAGCUUGUAAUAUGAAUUUCGAGGAUGUUAUAUUAGGAGCUACUUGUGCUUUAGGACAGCUUGAGGCUCAUUUGGGGAACUUUGACAAAGCAGAGAAGAUGCUAACUGAAGCACUGGUGAAAGCGGAAGAAACUUUUGGUGAUCGUCAUCCCAAAGUUGGUGUUAUUUUAACCUGCGUAGUUCAUAUGUAUCGAAAUAAAUCAACAGUUGAGGAAUCGAGCUCUCUUUUAAUUCAAGAGGGACUUUACAGAAGGGCAAUUGAAUUGCUUAAAGCUCCUCCACUGGAGACUGAAGGUGCUGAAGAGAAGGCUUGCAGAAGAGAUAUAAUUGCCCUUGCGAGAGGUGGUUAUGCAGAAACAUUGUGUCUGCAACAGAAUAGAAAAGCCGAAGGGGAGAGAAUAAAGCUUUGGGCAGAAUCUGCCUGGAAAAAUCCCAGAUUAUCCUUAGCUGAAGCACUGGAACCACCUUCUGAGUCUUCUUCCAAAGUGGCUGUUAUAGAUACCAGAAUAUGCAGGGUCAUUUAGAUCAUUUUUUUGUUUGUUUUCUUUUUUCUAUCGAAAAAUAAUGGAAAUACAGAAAACAUGUUCAUCAGUAUUUAUUACAAGUCAGAAAAUACAAAGUUAUUUGAAAUC